CAUCUUCGUCGGUAGUUUCGUCGUCCCUAUACGUAUUGUCGUCUUCAUGCAUGUCUUCGUUGUCUUCAAUCACGACGUGUCCAACUCUCUCAACCAGAUCGCGUAUCUGGUGUUGUGUACGUUGGAUACGUUCGUCAAGGCUCUUCUGCCGCUGCUCGAUAUCAGUAAUGAUAGGGCUGACGACCUUGUCUUGCACAGUCACUGCAAUAGUGACGAAAGCAAAGUGCUUGUCGUCAG